GCAGAGGCCAGCCAGCCCGCCCCGGCUGUCUUUAAAGCCAAGCUGAACAGGGCCUUGCUGAAGACCUUCGAGGAGAUGAUGCAGAAUGUGGGGUCCCCGCAGUUCCAGGUGGUGGAUUCCCGCCCCGAGGGCCGGUUUCGGGGCACGGAGCUGGACCAAGGGCUGGAAUCUGGUCACAUCCCAGGUGCUGUGAACAUACCCUUUGUUUCAUUCCUGUCAGAAACUGGCCACGAGAAGAGCAUCGAGGAGAUCCAAGACAUAUUCCGUGAGAAGAAAGUGGAUCUCAUGAAGCCGCUGGCGGUGACGUGCCGCAAAGGCGUCACAGCGUGUCACAUUGCCUUGGCAGCCUACCUGUGCGGCAAGCGCGAUGUGGCGAUUUACGAUGGGUCCUGGUCAGAGUGGUUCCACCGUGCCCCACCUCGCUACAAGAUCUCUGAGCUGAAGCGCAACAAGGCCUAG